AGUUCAGUUUCAAUAACAGUUAAAGAUACUGGCUCUACGAGACCUCUAAUCUAAAUCCUAAAUAAAUGUAUACUUGUAUAUAUGUAUAUAUAUAAUGACUUGACACUAGUGAAUGUUAUCAAAGGUCUAAGUGAAGUGAUAAGGAAGACACACACACGUACAUAUGUAUAUACACAUCCUUAUAUAAAAUUCAAAUUCUAAUGCACCUAUGUAUGUUGUUUGUGUGUGCUUUUGACACUAUUGGCGUUUAGAUAGGUCGCUCUUACUAAGACUGCUGGUGCUGCUCUGGCUAUGCAAACGUUUUGCGAUUACAAUCUCCAUUACUCAAACACACUUACUAUGCACGCUCGCACUGUGACAAUAUGCUGAUAGCGUGCUGCAAACGCUUAUCUACGAAAAAGCGUACAUAUGUAAAUUGGUAUAUGUGUGUAUGUAGCGAGCAUGUGUGCGUCUAAGUAAGUAAAUUAAUUUAGCUGUUAACUCUCUUGUUGUGCUCGCCUGCGUCUUGAUGCUAGUUAAUAGACACCCUCAGUACUUUAAUGAGCGAGUCUGUUUCUUGACUUCACUAAUAUACAUACUUACAUAUAUUAUAUAUACAGAUGUAUUUAUGUAUAUAUGUAUGUGUAUAUGUGUGUUUGUGUGCUACUGUGUUUGGUUAUAUAUGCACAUAUAUGCGUGUUUUGUCUCCUGAGCCCACGAUCAGCUCGCACAAAUAUAAAAUUAAGUUUGAAAAAGUCGAUGUUUUCAAUUGCACAGUCUCGUCGCGAUCGUUCGUCAAAGCGUUUGCCACCCAAAAGUUGACGCGCUCAACGCUUAACGCUUAACAAUAAUUAUUAAUCAUAUAUAAUAAUAAACAAAUGUGUGGUGACUAUUAAAAAUACAUUUUCUUAUUGACUUCCACGUUCAGCCUUAAAUACGUACAUAUGUACAUACAUUUGCUGUCUGUUUAAAAUAGUAAAAUUAAAGUAAUUAUAAUUACCAUAAUUUGGAUGAACGAAUAAAUGCGCGUACGAAAUUCUGAAUAAAUUUGAACUAUACCAGUGUUGGCGCUAUGAAACAAGUGUAUUUUGUUGCGAAAUAAAAACAAAAAUAUUGAAAAAAAAAAUAAAACAAAUUACGGAAAAUAGUACAAAAUAAAAAUUAUUAAAAACGGCUAGCAUUAAAUUGCGAAAAUUUAUAACCAAGCAUACUCAUAAACAAAUAUAAUAAAUAAACAACAAAACAAUAAAAACAAACACAAUGAACGCCAUCGAUAUUCUUUUGGAUCGUGUCCGUGGCCACCAAAGAGCGCCAUCCGACUCCAAGGAAUUUCACGAAGUCACCAAACGUGAUGCACUGAAAUCACUCGAAAAUGACUUGCAACGCUUACAAGACACUGCGCCAUCAGAGAAACGUCCGGAAUUGCAGAAAGAAAUGGCACGCUUCGCCGACUUAUUCGGACGUUUUUUGCAAGAAGUGGGUCCCUCCAUUGAUUGGGAUAAAAUUCAAAAACUGCCAGCAAACGCCGUCAUGGAUUACUCAAAAUUCAAUUCGCCCAAAAACGAGCAGAUACGCACAAUGUUAGACAAAUUGGUGGUGGUCAAGUUGAAUGGAGGUCUCGGCACUUCCAUGGGCUGUCACGGUCCCAAAAGUGUCAUUCCCGUACGCUCCGAUCUCACUUUCCUCGAUUUAACUGUGCAACAAAUUGAGCAUUUGAAUAAGACCUAUGAUGCCAACGUGCCACUAGUGCUGAUGAACUCAUUCAACACCGAUGAAGAUACGCAGAAAAUCAUACGAAAAUAUACCGGUUUCCGUGUACAGAUUCACACAUUUAAUCAGAGCUGCUUUCCGCGCAUAAGCCGUGAAUCGUUUUUGCCCGUUGCCAAGGAAUUUGAUGUGGAGAAGGAUAUUGAUGCCUGGUAUCCACCAGGUCACGGUGAUUUCUACGAUACCUUCCGCAAUUCUGGUCUGCUCAAAAAGUUCAUCGACGAAGGUCGUGAAUAUUGUUUCCUCUCGAAUAUUGAUAAUUUGGGCGCUACUGUAGAUUUGGCUAUACUCAAUAAAUUGGUGGGUGAGGAACGCUCUGCUCAGCCGGUUGAAUUUGUAAUGGAGGUCACUGACAAAACACGCGCUGACGUUAAGGGUGGUACUCUCAUUAAUUUUGAAAACAAACUGCGACUGCUGGAAAUCGCACAAGUGCCGAAAGAGCAUGUAGAUGACUUUAAAUCCGUGAAAACAUUCAAAUUUUUUAAUACCAACAAUAUCUGGGCCAAAUUGGAUGCUAUCGAUCGUGUGCUCCGCGAACGUACACUCAAUAUGGAGAUCAUUGUCAACAACAAAACAAUGGAGAAUGGUGUGCGUGUCGUGCAAUUGGAGACAGCCGUUGGUGCCGCUAUGAAGUGCUUCGAUGGCGCUAUCGGUAUCAAUGUGCCACGUUCACGUUUCUUGCCCGUCAAAAAGACCUCCGAUUUACUGUUAGUCAUGUCGAAUUUAUAUCAUCUGAAGAAUGGUAGUCUUGUAAUGUCACCACAGCGCAUGUUUCCCACCACACCACUGGUGAAAUUGGGUGAAAAUCAUUUCUCGAAAGUGAAAGAGUUCCUCGGCCGUUUCGCCAAUAUACCAGAUAUCAUUGAGCUUGAUCACUUGACCGUGUCUGGUGAUGUAACCUUUGGACGUGGCGUGUCGCUUAGGGGCACUGUCAUUAUUAUUGCCAAUCACGGUGAUCGUAUUGAUAUACCGGCUGGUGCCAUUCUCGACAAUAAGAUCGUUUCCGGCAACAUGCGUAUUUUGGAUCAUUAGACACAUAACUAGUCGCCGAUGCUGUUCAAAAACAACGCAAAGACUUCCUUAUGAGAAAAUAUCAGGAAUUAAUGCGUAGAGUAGACAAUUGCAUACUUUUAUAAGUCAAAUUCAGGUAAAAAGAAAAAAAAAACAAAGUUGACUAGGUUAUCAUGCAAUAUACAAUAAAAAAUUAGAAAUAUACUGCAAAUCAAUGUGCAAGCUGCAAAUGCUUGUAUGCAUUCGUUAGUGCUCAUAUGGAGAAAUUUAAAUUGUUUGAAACUGUUCUGUCGUUACUCGUAGUGUUUAAUCGAAAAAUGUAUAAAAGAUAUUAUGUUCGUUUUAA